AUGGAUCUCUACCGGGAGAUGCCGGCUGACCCCGAGGACGCGGGGGGAGAGGACGCAGCCCCCCCAGCGCGGUGGAGGGACCCCAGCAGCCCGCGGGGUGCUCAGGACAUGCCCGGGAGGGGCUGGGACCGCUGCGGAGACGGAGAGCGUGAGCAGGAGCCGCUGCCCUCCACGGGCAACCCAGACCCGGACACCUCCUCCUCCUCCUUUCGCCUCUUCCUGGAGCAGGAGCUCGUCGGGGCCGGUAGCCCGCUCUCCGCCCUAGCCACGGGGAGGAGAAGCCCCCAGGUGCCGGGGGAGCCCCAGGAUUUGGCACAGGAAGCCCCCGAGCUGCCCUGCUACCAGCUGCACUCCUGCCUGCGGCAGGGCGCGCUGCCCUCCUACUGCUGCACCACCUGCCAGCAGCUCCACGCCGGCGCCUGCGCGGCCGGGCAGGCCUGCCGUACCCGCCACCGCGGGCAGGAGCUGCGCAGCGAGAGGCAGCAGCGGCUCUGGCUGCGGCGGACAGAGGUGGACAUGCUGCUGGCCGACAGCUCCGGCCCGUGGUCCUAG